CUCAAGCUAUCUCAUUCAUCAAUUGGGUAAUAGCGUCACCACAUUCUUUCUGAUAUUGCUGUUGCUGGAAUCGGAUCUGCGGUCAUGCUUUGAGCAUCUCUAUCGUCUUCCAGCAUUAAUUCGGAGCAAUGGCUGCCUCGGACCCUGCCGGCUUGAGCAGGUCCAACGGCGGCUCUCCUGCACCAACCACUCCCCGAGGUCAAGCUAGCAGGCAAAUCAAUAUCAUCGUCGAUUCAAUUGCACAAGAAUUUGGACUACCUCUAAGGCCUCGAGUCGGUACUUUCUCACCCAGCAAGCAACCCGAUGGCUAUCCCGAACGAUGCGUUGAUCGUAUCAAUUUCCUUUUCUUUAUGAAUAAAGUUGCGAUGUACGACGUGAUUAAUAGCUUUCGCAAAGACAGAGCCAAAAAUCGUAUUAGUGGUGAUCACCUGGAAUCUUUUUACACCCGAAUCAGAGAUGCGGCUUAUAUUGAGAAGAACAAACCACAAGUCGGGAAACUGCGACUGGACGAGCCUGUGCAGCAACCGCAAUCCGACUUCAAGAAACCUGCUCCCAAACUUUCCUUGACGCAGACAAAGCUCAUUCCCAAGAUCAAGAAAGGUUCCAAGUUGAGCCGUGUCAAACCGACCGAGACCGAAGAUCAGAAUUCCAAGACACAACUACUACCAGUCAACCAGUCUUUCCUCCUUGACUCCGAGCCUGUCAAUAGAGGCACGAAACGACUUUCCGAUUCAGAUUCUUCCGAUUCUCCGCCGUACGUGCGCCUCUCAAAGCAGCCGCGACAGCAGCGACAAGUCACCGACCAUUCCUCAUGCAAAGCUAGCUAUCAAAAUACCAGCUUCGCAUCGUCAGGGCAGACCAACGCUUGUUCAAUAUCGCUCGGCCAUGAAAACCAAAGUUUUGCUACAACAGUGGCCACUUCUUUCGACCGCUCCUCCGAUGACUUGGACUCUUCGAGUGCUGAUCAUGGCGACCUUGAUCUUACGCAAGCCGAACAGGCACAAAGCAUCUUGAAGAGCUUCAUGCAGCCUUCCAAUGUCCAGACAGAUUCUGAAGCUCUUACUAAUCAUGGGGACUCGUUUGCUGGUCGAUUGCGUCUACAGCGGCCGCUGCCAGCAGCAGAGACCUGCACAACGGCGGCUGGUGUUCGACUGCAGCAGGAGCAUGUGGCAGCUUCAAGAUCUUCCGAGGCGAGCUUUGGUAGUAAGACGUCGUCCAAAGUACUCGAGAACAGAUUGGUCCGAUCCCUGCCGACGGACGGUCUCUUUGGCACUCCCGUGGCUGUCGAUGUCAAUCACUCAUCCUUUCACCAUCUCUGGGAGAGCUACCGAGUUGCUGAUACAAUCUGGCAACCAUUACAGUACCAUGCGAACGUUGAUGACAUCUAUCAACAGCUACCGGCUGGGACUCAAUUCCAGAGAACUUCGCCCUCAGUUUGGGACGCACUGAUUGAUCCCAUGCAAUCAGCCAAUGUCAAGCUCAAAGCCAACCUCAAUUUUAACCCUAGCUUGUUCGCUGACAAGCUUUUGACUCUGUCUUUACAGCCGCUAAAGUGCGAAAGAGCUUGCAUAUUGGAAAGACACUUCGGAACAAGUCGAUUUCUGUAUAUCGAAAUUCCGCAAGUCCACAGAUUCAAAGCAAGUCAUCUAAGCGGUCAAGAAGAUCUUCUCAAAGUACGCUACUUGGAGUGGCUAUGUAAUGAGAAAGAAUUUCUUGGUCGCACGAGGCGUGCCUUCCAUGUCCAAGAUGUCAAGAAGAAGCACAGCAAAGACAAUGUGCCGAGUCAGCGUCUUGUACUAUUCGCUGUCGACGGACCACGUCUGCGGAAGGUCAGCGUUGAUGAGAUGGUGAAAUGGGCGAUCCCGCUCAAUAUCAAUGGGCAUCAAGGCUUCUGUAAGGCAUACGCGAGACUUGAUCUAUUCCUUUCGCAAACUAUCCCCACUGUCAACUUCGGCUACAGAGAGGUCAAGUAUGUCACAGAUACCCUAGCAGACGGCAGUCCAGAAAGCAAUGAGUACAACGAUCGGCGUAUGAAGUUCGAAUAUCGCUGUGCCACUUCCGAUGAGCAAGCUGUCAUGAACGAUGGCUGUUCCUUGAUCUCAGUGGGCGCAGCAAAAGAGCUUUGCGAAGAACAUGGUAUCAAAAGUGUACGGCCGGUCGCUUUCCAGGGUCGCAUCAAUGGCUGCAAGGGUGUAUGGAUGAUCAGCGCACCAUAUGAUACGACUGAACCAAAGCAUAGAAAGAGGUGGAUACAAAUGACUGAGAGUCAACGCAAGGUCGUACCGCGAGAUGAAGAUCUCACAAACAGCUGCAAGCCUAAUCGCUCGCCCAAGCCAUCGACGUUGAAUCUGGGAUUUAUCCCUAUCUUGCAGAACCGACAUGUCUCUCGCGACACCUUGCAACACGCCAUUGAGACUCAGCUGGAAAUGGACUUCUCAGCGUUCCUCGACUCGUUGAAGGAUCCGGUCAGCUUGCGACGCUGGCUGCACGCCGAGUUCAGUGGUAUGGAAGAGAUGAAUCGCAAGCUUGGCAUCAGAGAAGCGGGUAGAGAAGUCAAUUUUACUUCUCGAGUCUGGCGUCAAUCCUUUGACCAACUAAUAUCUCGCAAUGUGCAUUCAGCAAGUCAUCAAACUCUGGCUAUCAACAGGAAAGGUAUUGGUCGCGAGACAUCCUUCGCUUCGAUGCUCCGACAUCCUUCGCUUCGAUGCUCCGACAUCCAGAAGGUCAAAGCUGUGUACAAAGAAGAGCUUAGCCACUUGCUGGAUGUCGUUGUUUUCCCUUCCAAAGGAUGUGUUCCCCAAGCACACAAGCUCCAGGGUGGUGACUAUGACGGUGACACUUUCUGGCUGUGCUGGGAUCCGAGACUCACUACCGACUUCAAAAACGCACCUGCCCCGCUUGAUGAGCCAAAGCUCGAGUACUACGGUGUCAAGAGGGAUACUCGUAAGCUCAGAGAUGUUCUCGGCAGUGACAACAACGUUGACAGAUGGUUAUUGGAGAGCUUUAAAUUCAAGCUGCAAGAGGAUCUGCUCGGUAACGCUACCAAACUUCAUGGCAAGCUUGCCUACAAGGAGAACUCGAUUUCGUCCAAGAAAGUCGAGGAUCUCGCUGGUUUACACGACCUUGUGAUUGAUUCUGCGAAGAACGGCUAUACUCUCACGCUCAGUGCUUUUAAUCACUUCGUCCAAGAGAGACUUAACAUAAAAGUGCCUCUUUACAAGCCUGCAUACGAGUCUUGGAUGAAUCCAGCGACAGAUAGCACACUUGGUCGUCUGGAGCCAAAUCUCAAGCACAUCAUCGACUACCUUCUUUUCGAAACUUCUCCUGGAAGCAGACUCACUGUGGAUGACGUGUAUGCGAUAUUCAAGCCUCGGAAGGAGAAGAAGGCUGUCAAUCAACGCCAAGCUCCACUACCAAUCACUGAGUUUUCGGAGUCGAGUGAAGAGGAGUUUCCGACGCACCAGGAUGAGUCACCUACUUGA